GGGAUCCGCGGGUUUAUCCCGUCCCGGACUACUUGCAGCCCGCUUAUCGGAAAGGUGGUGUGCAGGUAGCCGUCACAGGCGGUUCUGGAGUUGGGAAGUCGUCCUUUAUCAAUGCCAUUCGGAGGACGAGGCCCCGCGACCAGGGUGCCGCGAAGACGGGCAUCACCGAGUGCACACGACAGCCAAAGAUGUACACCUUCUGGCCUGGCCGAGCCGGGGUGUUCAACAAGCUGUUCGAUCAGGUCGAGCAGGUCCUUAGGGUGACAGCAUCGGAGGACUCCCGCGUCGUCGAAGGGCGGCGCGCGUCGUCGUCGGCGGAGCUGAUCCGGACCCUGGUCAAGCACAGGGACGCCUGGAGCUGCCUGGACCACCGCGAGGUCUGCCUGCAGGCUGGGGACCGCGUGCUCCUGAGCGGCGUGGGGGGCCCCGGGGCAGAGGAGUGCACGGCCGAGGUGGUCGUGCCUCCGGGAGGGAGGCACCGACGCUCGUUCAGGGUGCGCCUCGGGUGCGGGGAGGUCGCGGACGUCAGCACCAGGCGAGUGUUGGGCGUGCUGGCCGAGUGUGCCAUCUGGGACCUGCCUGGGGUGGGGACGCCUAGCUUCCCGCAGCAGACAUACCUCGGCAGGAUGGGCAUUCGCCACUUCGACCUGGUGGUGCUGCUGACCGCGUCCCGGUUCACAGAGGCAGAGAUGGCUUUGGUUGGCGAGCUCGAGCGUUGGGACGUUCCUUACUUCCUUGUCAGGAACAAGACCGACUGCGACGUGCAGUCCGAAAUUGACGAGCGUGAGCAGUCCUUCGAAGAGGACGACGACAGCGAGCUUGGGGUGGAUGAGAAGAAACGUAUAGAGGGAGCAACGAUAAAGCGCAUUAAGGAGUUCUUCAGGACAGAACACGAUUUAUGCAGCAUCUACUGCGUCUCUUCGAAACCGGGGUGCCGCAUGCGCUUUGACUUUUUACGCCUAGAGCACGAUAUUGAAGAAGCCUUGCGAAGACAGCGUGCUAUGCUCGCCACUAAUCUGCGAUAG